AUGAACUCUUACAGAAGAACAAGAUUGUUUACAGGGAGGCAUUAGCUGUUAGCUAUCUAUUUCUGCAGCAGCUAUAUUAUCCGCUAAUUAUUAGCAGGCGAACAUGAUCAGACAACACAAUUCGUGUGCUGCUUGCUGUGCACGGAGGUAAACAGUAAACGGAGAGGACUAGUUUCUCGGCAACUUCGUUUAGCUAAACAUAGCAUUAGCUAGUCUUCUACGGCAAGGACCUUUUUAAGCGGGUUUAGCCACUGGAUCGUCAAAUAAUUUGAAAGUCGGCGUUAAAUGUUAAAUAUUACGCGAAUCAUUUUGCAGCCCGAGGGAAACACCACAAAAAUAAGCUUAUUAAAACUAGUCUUCUACAAAACGCAGUACUAAACAAAGUCUGACGCAGCGGUAUCAGCUACUUAAAUUACUACAAAGCCUGGCUAGCCAGCCCAGCUCUUGUAUGAAGACGAUUGAGCCACUUUAUGAAACAUGUCUUUGGUAGCGUACGAUAGUAGCGAUGACAGUGACCACGACGAUGCCCCGACUUCUAACACUCCUCUCACGGGCAAAAUCGGCGGACUUUUCGCAACACUGCCUGCGCCAAAACGCUCUGCUUCGGAAAGUCGCACGUCGGAGACGCGUAAAGAGGCUUUUCAUAAAAAUAUGUCCAUCGAUCUACCGAAACCUAAGAAGCGAUCCGAACCGGUUAAAAUCACUGUUCCUGAAAUAAAGGCAGCGAGUUCAGAUUCGGAUGAAGACGAACCUGUGAGAAAGAAAACUGGGUGUCAGGCUGGUGGUCUGUCAUCUUUGCUGCCCCAACCUAAAAACCUGGUAGUCAAGGAAACACAGCGCCCUUUGGUGCCUCAUACCCUCACUAAACGCCCAGGGUCCAAAGGAACCAAACCAGGCUCGCAGGCGGCUCCAAGUGCCUCGCCGUCAGCCAUUAAAGCAGCAGCGAAGUCUGCAGCCCUGCUGCUGGCCCGGCAGAUGGUCACUGACGAGGAGGGAAGCGAUGAUGAACUGGCUCCAGAAAACUACUUCUCCUUCGCUGAAAGCCCUUCUCAACCCACCACUGUUCCUGCAUUCCCAGAUUCCCAACCGUAUGUCCCCUCCUUACACCCUCCUCCUCUUGCAAGCAUGGAAGAUGCCCCACUCGACUUUGGCUCCAAUGCAGAGUCACAGCCAAAAUCCUCUUGGGCAAUGCAGGAUUAUCAGAGUGGUGAUUACCAACCCCAGAGUGACUCAGGGGAUCCAUCGCCCAAGCCCUGCCCUCAGGAUUAUUACAGUGAGGGCUAUUACCAAGACCACAACCCUGUGAUGGAUGAACAAGAAGAACCAGAAUCUUCAACUCUGUUCAAUGAUGAAGCAUUUCGUAGGCUACAGGGUAAACAGAAUCGUGGUAAAGAAGAAAUCAAGUUCCUGGAGAUCAAAGGGGAUGACCAGCUGAGUGGCAGCCAGCAGUGGAUGAUGAAGAGCAUGACUAAUGAGACAGAGCCACGCAAGUCCUUCAGUAAGAAAAAAGGAGAUCAACCAACUGGACAGCAGAGACGUAAGCACCAGAUCACAUAUCUGAUUCAUCAGGCAAAAGAGCGGGAACUGGAGCUCAAGAACAGCUGGGCGGACAAUAAGCUCACACGGAGACAAACCCAGGCCAAGUACGGCUUCUAGAAGCUGUAAUGCAGAGCCUUUCAGCUGGACAAACUGUAGCUGCUCUCUCCUUUUUUUGAGUCUCAGUGGAGGAGAUUUGCUAGAUAACAUUGACAUCUGGGCACCAUUAUAAACACUGCCAGGCAUGCAAGUAAUAUUACAUCUAACUAAGGGAUCUGUUACAGUUUAUUUUAUUGCUGCUGCCUAUUCAACAGGUUUACCUGUGGGGGCAUUGUGUAAUGUAAGAUGGAACCCAAAUGUCAAAUAGUUUUGCUAAUUUCUUCCUGUAUUUUUGAGUGUCGUGCACAGAUUUGUUGCCAGUUAAAGUUCGUACGCUGUUUUGUCACCUGUAACAUGGUGUUGGUGCUUGGUUAAUUCGCGUGAUUUAGCUUUGCCUGUAGUCAUUAUAACAUCUGGUCUGAUAUGGACCACAAAGCUGCUUUUCAACAAUAUUUUUUAUGUCCAAGCCCAUAAUAUGGAUCUGCAUUACAACUGCCUGUGUUGGGGUUCAUGUAAUCAAAUAAUGCAGUCCAGGAUGGCGUACAGCCAAUACUCAAUUGUGGACUGUGAAUCCAAAACGUUGUGCAGGUUCGGUAAUCAGUGAGCAGCUGAUUCAUCUGAUAGGCUGAUGCCAUCCCACCUGACUUGUGUUUAAGGGCAGGGUCAAAAUCCUGCAGGAACCUGCCCCUGAGGAGCAAGGAUUGAGUAGUUUUGCUAGUUUUCUGUCUCAUCUGCUUCAUCACUUUUAUGCGAGUCACCUGUUCACUGUCAUGUUGAAUCAGGUGUGUUGGAGCACAGGAGACACUAAACUGAACAGUGCAGCAAACUCCUGCCUAUCAGAGGGGCCCCACAGUAGAAUGUGUAAUACAUUGCCAUCAGCAUUGGAGCUAUCAUAACACCAGCCCAGGAGAUAGAAGUCAACUGAAUCUAAAAUUAAAGGAGAAACAGGUUUAUAACUUGCGUCUGGGCACUGUAUUUUAUACUGAGAAGGAAAUAUAUAUAUUAUUAAUUGUAUGGUUUUGGUCUUUGACCCAGUUCCAUGACUGUAUUAGCCUGGUUUGUUGGUAGUUCACAACUAGGGAUUAGCAGUUAGAUCAGAUCAGGCUCAGUUCUGCCAGCCAUAUACAGUAUAUGAAAAAUCUGGUAUAUUGUGUUUUUUUUAGUCUUAUGAAUAUGGGUCUUUGCAAAAAUAUCAGGAUAUACAUUUUUAAAAAAUAUCAACUCACUACUGUUUGAGCUUGGAUCCAUGUUCUGGCAUGGCCAGACUGUGCAUUGCAUGGACAUUAACAGGAAGCAUAGUUUGCAAAGUGUGUAGAAAACCCAUUGAUCCAUUGCCAGGAAGUACAGAGUAAACAAUACAGUAAGGUAAUACUCUAUAAAACUUGCCAGGGUUUUUAUGUGAAGUUGCAGAUGAUAAUAAAGAUGUGCAAGAGA